UAAAAAUCAAGAAUUGAAAAAUGUAGCUAUCUAUCGGUUUGAGGCCAGCAAUUUGACUAAUCUUUUAUCCGCUCCUUCUUGUGACUUUCCUCCUCCGCCACUUGCUUUGCCGCCGCUCUCAUUCUCUCCUUCCUCCUAUAUAUUCCACUUCUCUUCCUCCCUUUUUUCCCAUUCUCUUAAUAUUCAAUUACAAACCUUACAAUCCAUGGAGUCUAACUGGGUCAACACUUCUCUCGGUCUCAACAUCAACACUUUCACUAACCACAUCGACGCAACUCCGAAGAAUGAACGAUUCGACCCGGAAACUUCUAGGUUUGAACGGAUACAAUUACCGAUAAAGGAAGAAGAGCAAACUAUGCCGUCCACCGGCGUUCUGAUACGAGAGCUGAGCAGGAUAAGCUCGGAGAAUAAGAAACUGACGGAAAUGUUGAGUGUUCUAUGUGAAAAUUACAAUGCUUUGCAAAAUCAUUUGGCGGAUUUGAUGACGACGAACAAGAAUUCUGAUACGUCGAUGACGGCGAGGAAAAGGAAGGCGGAGAGUGAAGAUUAUAGUAAUAUUAUUAUUAAUAAUAAUAGUAAUCGACCGACGGAAAGUAGCUCUAGCGACGAAUUGGAAUCCGCUACUAAAAAGUCUGAUAAAGAUAACACCAAAACGAAGAUUUCAAAUGUUUAUCUUCGCACUGAUCCUUCUGAUACUACUUUGGUAGUAAAAGAUGGAUAUCAAUGGAGGAAAUACGGGCAAAAGGUUACUAGAGAUAACCCAUGCCCUAGAGCUUACUUCAAGUGUUCAUUUGCCCCGGGCUGCCCAGUCAAAAAGAAGGUGCAAAGAAAUGCAGAAGAUCCAUCAAUCGUAGUGGCAACUUACGAAGGAGAGCACAACCAUAUGCAACCAGCUCAGCCGGAGAUGUCACCUCCGGCGAAAGCUCCGGCUUCACAUAAUAGUGCAAUAACGCUUGAACUGAUCAAAACUGGAGAAAUGCAAGAGAAUAGUAAUGCUAAGAAGCCGAGAAUUCAAGAAACUGACGAUCAAGCUCCGGCAAUUCAACAGCUUUUGGUUCAACAAAUGGCUUCUUCUUUGACGAAAGAUCCAAAUUUCACGGCGGCACUUGCAGCGGCUAUUUCCGGAAGAUAUAACCCGACCCGGAUGCAAAAUUGGUGAAAUUAAUGUAGAAUGAAGAUUUUCAUAGAUAUAUUAAUAUUAUGUAUAUAAAUGUCGGAGAUUAGCUAGUGCUAAAAUGAUUAAAACAAACAUUAUACUAUAUAGUUUUAUAUUUCUCUUCAGAAGCUUCA